UCCUCCUCAUCACUAUCUCUUUCUUUAUAUAUUUUAACACAAAAAUAACUUGAGGGAAAACUUUAAUUUUCUUUUGUUUCUCUUUGACAAAAAAAAAAAAAAAAACUUCACAAAUUCCUUGUACAUUGGACCCUCUGCAAACACCUAGCUCUCCAUGCAGAGAUAAUCCAUCAACGUACAAUGGGUGCUAUCUCUUUCAAGGACCAACUUUUGGUCUUCUUGGUUGUCUCGACCUUGGCCUUGGCUCACUCGAAACCAUUGAGCUCAUGGGAGAUCCACAUCAAGAAUGGAUUGAGCAAUGGGCAAGCGUUGUUCGUGCAAUGCAAGUCGAAAGACUCUGAUUUGGGCAAGCAAACCCUUAGCACCGGAGCCGAGUUCAAGUGGAACUUCAAAGUGAACAUUUGGGAUACGACAUUGUUUUGGUGUUACUUACGCAAGCCAAACGGACAUGAAUUAAAGUUCGACGCUUUCUGGGUUGAGAAGAAGACCGAAUGGUUGCGUGUCAAAUGUGAUGGUAAUAUUUGCAAUUGGACCGUCGAAGACAAUGGGAUUUACCUCAAAGAUAAUAGUACAAAUGAGGAUGAGUUUAUUCAUUAUUGGAAAUUUCCAGCAACCAAGUAGAAUGAAUAUAUGAUGUUCAUUUCUUAUGUGCUGAAAGUAUUGCUUUAUAAAAUAAAUUUUGAUAUGUUCUAAUA